AUGGUUCCUGUGCGACCAGAUCAGGCCUUGGUGCUCUUCAAAGAGGUGGCCGUGUAUUUCACCAAGGAGGAGUGGUCUCUGCUGGAUCCGAGCCAAAGGAUUCUGCACGAACAAGUUAUGAUGGAGAACUUUGCAAACGUGGCAUAUUUGGCGAUCUGUGAUGUGCCAGGGCUCAAGGCAGAAGAUGGACGGGGAGUAUUCUUAGAAAGAAGUGGAGUACUUACUAGACAUCAAAGAAUUCACACAGGAGAGACGCCAUUGAAAUGCCUGGAGUGCGGAAAGGCUUUCAAUCGGAGUAGUCAUCUUACUGCACAUCAAAGAAUUCACACAGGAGAGAAGCCAUUUAAAUGUCUGGAGUGUGGAAAGGCCUUCCGUUGGAGUGGAGAACUUACUAAACAUCAAAGAACUCACACAGGAAAGAAGCCAUUUAAAUGCCUGGAAUGUGGAAAGGCCUUCUGUCGGAGUGGAGACCUUACUAAACAUCAAAGGAUUCACACAGGAGAGAAGCCAUUUACAUGCCUGGAGUGUGGAAAGAGCUUCACUCAGAGUGGAGUACUUACUAAACAUCAAAGAAUCCACACAGGAGAGAAGCCAUUUAAAUGCCUGGAGUAUGGAAAGAGUUUCACUCAGAGUGGAGUACUUACUAGACCACAAAGAAUUCACACAGGAGAGAAGCCAUUUAAAUGCCUGGAGUGCGGAAAGGCCUUCCAUCGGAGUAGUCAUCUUACUUCACAUCAAAGAAUCCACACAGGGGAAGCCAUGUAAAGGCCUGCAGUGUGAAAAAGCUUUCAGUCCCGUUA